UAGAGGGAGGCAGCAGCAGCCAGAUAGUGAAAGGAUCAGUGAAGAGACCGUCUGAGAGAGAGAGAGAGAGAGAGAGAGAGAGAGAGAGAGAGAGAGCGAGAGACCUAGACAGAUAGAAGAGAGAGAGAGAGAGAACCAUACAUAUAUACGGAGGGGAAUAAAGGUUACGUUCUCAGAGCUGAUCCAUGAAAGAAGCCAUGCCAGUCCUCUCAGCAGGUGCAGGGUUGCAUGAGACGCUGGCCCUGCUGACCUCUCAGCUGCGUCCCGAUGCCAAUCACAAAGAGGACAUGGUCUUCCUCAAAGAUGUCUUCAGCGAGAAGAGCCUGGCCUACCUUAUGAAGAUUCAUGAGAAGCUGCGUCAGUAUGAGAGACAGAGCCCCACACCUGUGCUCCACAGCGCCUCCUCUCUGGCAGAGGAUGUUGCUGAGGAGUUGCAAAGUGGCCCCAUGAGUGUGGAGGAGAAAGAGCUGCUUCACUUGCUGACAUCACCUCACUUACGGGCGGUUCUCUCAGUUCAUGACACAGUGGCCCAGAAGAACUUUGACCCUGUCCUGCCUCCUCUUCCUGAUGACUUUGAGGACGAGCUGGAGGAGGAGUCGGUCAAGAUUGUCCGCUUGGUCAAGAACAAAGAGCCUCUGGGGGCCACCAUUCGGCGUGAUGAAGCCACAGGAGCCGUCAUUGUAGCACGUGUUAUGAAAGGAGGGGCUGCUGACAGAAGCGGUCUCGUGCAUGUAGGUGAUGAACUGAGAGAAGUCAAUGGCAUCUCCGUAAUGCACAAGAGACCAGAUGAGAUAAGCCAACUCCUGUCUCAGUCUCAAGGCUCCAUCACCCUGAAGAUCAUCCCAGCUAUUAAAGAGGAGGACAAGCUGAAAGAGAGCAAGGUCUACAUGCGGGCUCUGUUUGACUACAACCCACUGGACGAUAAGGCCACGCCCUGUCAGGAGGCAGGGCUUCCUUUUAAGCAUGGGGACAUCCUGCAGGUGGUGAGCCAGGAUGACGGUACCUGGUGGCAGGCGAAGAAAAUGGGAGACAGCAACCUGCGUGCGGGACUCAUACCUUCCAAACAGUUUCAGGAGAGGCGUUUAGCCUACAGACUCAAAAUGGGGACUCUGCAGAAUCCCAAAUCCCCCCAAAAGCCCGUCUAUGACCAGGGAUGUGAAAAAGACGACUGUGACUGUGAGGGCUAUUUCAAUGGACACUACAUAGCUGGUCUGCGAAGGAGUUUCCGCCUGAGUCGCAAAGAUCGUCAGGGGUCAUCAGGAGAGGCCAAUGCGUCUGAGCCCGGUGAGCCAGAGUUCCUGACCUACGAGGAAGUGACACGGUACCAACAACGACCCAAUGAGAGACCUCGGCUGGUGGUGCUCAUCGGUUCUCUCGGAGCGCGCAUCAAUGAGCUGAAGCAGAAAGUAAUAGCAGAAAACCCCCAUCGCUACGCUGUGGCCGUCCCCCACACCACACGGCCUAAGAAAAGCCAUGAGAAGGAGGGUGUGGAGUACCACUUUGUCACCAAGCAGGCCUUUGAUGCUGACGCCCAGAACAACAAGUUCAUUGAGUAUGGAGAGUACAAGGAGAACCAGUACGGCACCAGUAUAGAGGCAAUCCGCUCUGUUCAAGCCAAGAACAAGAUGUGUCUGGUGGACGUGCAGCCUGAGGCAUUGCACACCCUGCGGACUGGUGAGUUCAAGCCCUAUGUAAUCUUUGUGAAACCUCGGAUCCCUGAGAGUCGCAGGCGCCGCAGUGCAGCCACUUCACCAGCAGGGGGAGAGCAUGGCAGAGUUACUGAGGAGGAGCUGCAGGAAAUGCGCCAGUCAGCCCAACAGAUUGAGCAGCAGUACGGCCACCUGGUGGACCGGGUCCUGAUUAAGGAAGAUUCUGCCAGUGCCUGUGCUGAACUGCGGGGCAUUCUCGAGCGGCUGGAGAGGGAGGCCUUCUGGGUGCCUAUCAGCUGGGUCAGGACCUAAAGACAUUCUACCCCCCCAAAAGCUACAGAAGCCAACCCCCCACGCAGGGCCGUUUUGGCAGUGCGGACACUGGACUUCUCUCCAUAUCCAUAGGACUGACCUCCAGCAUGGCCAGGACUGCGGUGUCCAACCACAGGCUUGGCUAACUGAGCUCUGUCUGUGAAAGGAAAGACCAGAAAACUAAAAAGUAACACAAGCUCAGUGUGGCCCAGCAGUGCUGAUGGAAAGAGAUGUGCAAGGAGAAGAGAAUUAAGCAGAUGUUUUGUCCCUUAUAGAUGCUGAUAGACUUGGGACAUAAAAAAAAAAUACAAGAAUCUGCUGUACAGAGAUAUGCAUACAGUGUUAUGCAGAGGUCAGAGACCACUCUUCAUUAAAUCUCCAGUCAAAAUCACACAGAUGUUGGAUAGUGAGAAGCAGAAAAUGCAACCAACUUCUAAGACUGAACUUUAGAGGUGUGGAAAAGUCCCUGCAGAUUUCUUAGAAAAAACUGAAAGUGAGUCUUCCAAAAACACUGCAAGAAAUAGUGUCUUGUCAAGUGAAAUUAUCUUUAAUUCUAGUCUACAUAUAUAAUAUGUCUUAUUUAGAGAUGGUUGUCCACUUAUUAUAAGAAUAUUUAGCUUAUUUCUAGAUUCUUUUACCUAUUUUAAGUCAGUUAUCUCACUAUACUGAUACUGAUACAUAAAAUUUUUAUGUCCUGAAACAAGCAAAAUUAUCUGCCAAUAUAGUGAGAUCAUUUUACUUAA